AAAGUAUAAAAGGCUCAUCUUUUCUCACAUCAUUGUCCUUGCCAUUUGGUUUUCUUACAUAAAAUAACAUCCAAACAUCGUCUAAUUAAUAAAACUAUUUGCAAAAUGUCGGCUAAUACUGAACGAACAUUUAUCAUGCUGAAACCGGAUGCCGUACAACGUGGUAUCGUUGGAGAAAUUAUUCGACGUUUUGAAGCCAAAGGUUUCAAAUUGGUGGCCAUGAAAUUCAUGAUGGCAUCCGAAGAUUUGCUUAAGAAACAUUACGCUGAUUUGGCUGCUCGACCAUUUUUUCCUGGCCUUAUCAAAUACAUGCAAAUGGGUCCAGUCGUACCAAUGGUUUGGGAAGGAUUGAAUGCUGUCAAAACCGGUCGCGUCAUGUUAGGCGAAACAAAUCCAGCUGAAUCAAAACCCGGUACCAUUCGUGGUGAUCUUUGCAUUCAAACUGGCAGAAACAUCAUUCAUGGAAGUGAUUCAGUUGAGACAGCAAAACGUGAAAUCGAUUUAUGGUUUCGGCCAGAAGAAUUGGUCAACUAUAAACCUUCCCAAUAUGAAUGGGUCUAUGAAAACUGAUUAUUCCGAUUUUAAUUUACAUUUGGAAAAAAAUAAUUACAAUAUAUGCAAAUAAAAAUUUUUGCUUUUAAAUUUUAAAAA